GAGUCUCUGUUGUUGAAUCCACACGCAUUGAAAUGUCUCCCUUUCAGCAUCUGCUCUCCCCUCUAGAUUGAGAACUCGGAGGCAAGGUCAUUCAUCUGUCUGCACUGAAUGAGUGCCCUUAAAUAUCAGGUAACUUCACGCUCCCAAAAUGGGACAUAAAGUGGUCGUAUUCGACAUUUCUGUCGUCAGAGCUUUGUGGGAAACUCGUGUCAAGAAGCACAAAGCUUGGCAAAAGAAGGAGACAGAAAGGAUCGAGCAAAGCGCAUUGGAAAGGAUAAAGGAGGAGUGGAACUUCGUGGCAGAAUGCAGGAGGAAAGGCAUCCCCCAGACUCUGUACUGCAAGAAUGGCUUCAUAGACACCAGCGUGAGGAUUCUGGAAAAGAUCGAAAGGAACUCUCUCAUAAGGCAGAGUUCACCUUCCAAGGAGAGAGACAAACAGAGCAGCGCGUUUGUGUUUGAACUUUCAGGGGAGCAGUGGAAGGAGCUCCCGGAUUCGUUGAAGAAGCAGACGCACCUGAAAGAAUGGCACAUAAGCAAUACCCUGAUUCAAACCAUUCCUACGUAUAUUGAGCUGUUCCAAGCGAUGAGAAUUCUGGAUGUGCCAAAAAACCAAAUCUCCCAUCUUCCAGCUGAAAUUGGCCGUUUGACGAAUCUGAAAGAACUCAAUGUGAGUUUCAACCAUCUGAAGAGCAUUCCUCCAGAACUGGGAGACUGUGAAAAUCUAGAGAAACUGGAUUGUUCUGGAAAUCUAGAAUUAACUGAGCUCCCCUUUGAAUUAAGUAAUUUGAAGCAAGUUAUAUUUGUAGAUAUCUCAGCCAACAAAUUUUCCAGUGUCCCGAUCUGCGUCCUGAGGAUGUCUAAUUUGCAGUGGUUGGAUAUCAGCAACAAUAACCUGAACGACCUGCCACAAGAUAUAGACAGGCUAGAAGAACUGCAGACCUUUCUCUUGUAUAAGAACAAGCUGACCUAUCUUCCUUAUGAGUUGCUGAAUCUCAAGAAGCUCACCUUGUUGGUGGUUAGCGGGGACCAUUUGGUGGAGCUCCCGACUGCCCUUUGUGACUCAUCUACCCCUUUAAAAUUUGUAAAUCUUAUGGAUAAUCCUAUUGAUAAUACCCAGUGUCAAGAUGGUGAAGAAAUGACAGAAAGUGAACAAGAUCGUCAACACUUUGAUAAAGAAGUUAUGAAAGCCUAUUUUGAAGAUCUUAAAGAAAGAGAAUCUGUUCCCAGCUAUACCACGAAAGUCUCUUUUAGCCUUCAGCUUUGAUACCAUCCACCAGAAGACUACAGAAUCUCCCUAUCAUAUGGAGCUAUCAAUCUUUGUUCGCGUCGUAGGUCGUGUCAUCGAGGCAUAGUAGCUUGUGGUUAAGGACAAAGUCUAGACACCAUGGUCAUAAUUGUUAGGAAAAAUGAUUUUUAAAUUUCAAAUAUAUGACUACCUCUCUCUGUGGACUGGAGAAUUGAUAAAUGGGUUUCUAUAUUGAUAUCGAAAAGUUCAUUUGCAUAUACUUGUUUCCAAAUAAUGCACAUUAAUUUUUUAAAUUAUAACUUAGACCAAAUUCUGAAGUUGAUUGCAUUGUUUUCAGGAAUCAAGGGAUAAAAGUGUUGUGAAAAAGGCAUUAAUACUGGACUCCUCAGAUGAGAGUUUAUUUUAUUUUGUAGUUUUAAAGGAGUUAUAAUGCAAUAUUUCUUUGACUCAGAAUAAUUUUCCUUGGGUUUAUACAAACUUCUAUUUCCAUAUGUUUUAAAUUAAAUUUUGUAAUGUGGGCUCUCAGGAGAGACUUUAGGCAUAAGCUGGCCUUGAAGGUAGAAAGACGGGCUGGGAUGUCUGCCUGUGCAGGACACGGAACAUUCAGAUGGUGUCCUGGCAGCCCUAGCGGAGGAGGUGCGGGCUGGCUGGUCGUGGGAAGCUUUGCGUGGCCUGCAUGGGUAGUCAUCUUACCCUGAGUGGGCUCCUUGGGGGUCCUGGGACCCACUUGAGAGCGGGGAGCCAAGGCAAUGCCCUUAGGGACCCCCCUCUAAGGGGGCCAUAGAGUGGAGCAGGGAUGACUAGUCCACAUUGGUGAGGAGUCUCCCGCAAGGCUCCCUCACGGGUACCACAGGAGAACUCUGCCCAUGGCUAAGAUGCUGUGGUCCAGAGGGAGCUAUGAGACUGUGUUUUACGUUGGCAAAGAUUGGCUUCACUGGCGGGCUUUGCACUCUAACAUCACAUGAUUUGGAGAAAUUGUACAAAUAAUGACUUUUAUACCACUGUCUUGGGCUAAAAUAAACAGGAUGGUGCGUGUAUUGAAGAUAAGCUUAAACAAGUAGCUUUUGUGACUAAAACGGAAAAAAACACACGUAUAUUCACAUAUAUUUAUGUAUGAAUCGACUCUAUGUGGUCUAGCCCAGUGAUGUCUAAUAGAAAUUUCUGUGGUGAUGGCAAUGUUUUAUAUCUGUGUGUCCAAUAUAGUAACCACCAGACACGUGAGCUACUUGAGCUCUUGAACAAUGACUGGUGUGACUGAAAAACAAAAUUUUAAAUUAAAUUUAAAUUUAAAUAGCCACAGAUGGCUACCAUAUUGGACAGCAUGGGUCUAGCUAGUUGGGUUUUUUGGAAAUUAAUCUGGGCUAAAAAUGAAGGGUGACUUUCAUUUACUCUUAUCUGAAGAACCCGUCUGUCCCCAGAGGAACUACUACUGACACUCUAAUAUUUUGUCUUCAUGGGCCUAAUCAUAAUUCCAAAUAUUUUAUCCUCAAUAUAUGCAUAUGUAAAACAGGCAGAGCAUUCUAAAACCACAGUAGAGGAUUGGUUCAACUUAAAGACAAACUCUGUGAGGUAGGUGAAGAGAUGAAAAGAGUAGGAAAGGGAGAAAUCACUUUAAUUGAACUUCAAACAAUUGUAUUUUUCUUUUCACUCUUUAAAAAUAUGAUUCAUAUCUACUAGUUGUACUACUUGAAUGAUUUUGGAAUUUUAUUUCAUGCCAAGGUUGUGCUAUAUUUGACUAUAGUUAAAUGGAAAAUAUAUCUGAAAAGGGGGGAAAUGGGGGCUCUCAUACAUAUUGACUGUCCAUAACUUAUGCAAAGUUUGUUUCAAUAAAACGAGACUUUGUGCAAAAACCUUGUCUCGGUGUUACAUACAGAGAGUGCCAAAAAAUGUAUACACAUUUUAAGAAAGGAAAAAAACUAUUAAAAUUGAAAUACUCAGUACAUAUACUGAUAUCAAAAGAUGAAUAUAAGUCACAUUUGACUUCUGCA